UUUCUUUUUCGCUUGCUCUCUCGUGUCUCCGGCGGCCUCUCCGGUUCUCCCGGCCUCGACAAUCUCGCCUUGCGGUGGCGUGUGUGUAAGCUCCGCGCUCCCGCCGCGUCAACGUGCUAGAACCGCUGGAAGAUGCUUGCCCGGUCUCUUCGAAUCAUCAGAACCAACGUGCGGUACUCUUGGAGCGCUGCCGACCAGCCUAAGAAAGAUGCCGAGAAAGCAAGGUCUACAUUUAUGUUCAAUGAGCUUGAAGUGGAGCUCGUGCCAGCUGCCAACAGGAAACCAAAGCCCGACCCCUCGAAGCUGCUAUUCGGCCAAGACAUGAGUGACCACAUGUUGACUGUGAGAUGGACCAGUGCUGAAGGCUGGGGCAAGCCGAAAAUAUCACCUCUACGCAAUCUGGAACUUCAUCCUGCAGCCAAGGUUCUUCAUUAUGCUCAAGAGCUGUUCGAAGGCUUGAAAGCGUACCGUGGCCACGACGACAAGAUUCGACUGUUCAGGCCAGAUAUGAAUGUGCGACGACUUCUAAACUCCGCUGCGAGACUCGACUUUCCCAAAUUCGAUGCAGACGAGUUCUUGAAAUGUCUUUCAAGGCUUGUGUCCAUUGAAAAAGAGUGGGUUCCCAACUACCCCAUGAGUUCCCUCUACAUCAGGCCAACACUGAUAGGCAUUGAGCCCACACUGGGGGUCGCACGAUCCAACGAAGCUCUUUUCUUCGUCAUCUUGAGCCCUGUUGGUCCCUACUUCCGUACCGGCAUCAAGCCGGUGUCCCUGCUCGCCGACCCCAAGUAUGUCAGAGCUUGGCCUGGAGGCACUGGUGACAAGAAGCUUGGCUGCAACUAUGCACCAACCCUCAUGGUGCAGAACGAAGCUGAGAAACUGGGUCUUCAGCAAGUCCUCUGGCUUUUCGGAGAGGAUGAGCAAGUCACUGAAGUGGGUGCCAUGAACGUCAUGGUGCUUCUCAAAAACAAGGAUGGAGGCACUGAGCUGGUGACACCGCCGCUGUCUGGAAUCAUUCUGCCUGGUGUCACUCGCCAGAGUGUUCUUGACCUCACAAGAGAAUGGAAUGAAUUCAAGGUCUCUGAGCGUAAAAUUACCAUGGCAGAAAUAAGGGAGGCCAUUAAAGAAAACAGGUUGCUGGAGAUGUUUGGCUGUGGGACAGCCUGCGUCAUCUGCCCAAUAGAGCGGCUGUACCACAGAGGCGAGAACCUGCACAUUCCCACCAUGGAGCAGAGCAGUCCGCUGGCCAGACGAGUGCUGAAGGCCAUCUCAGACAUUCAGUACGGAGUCGUGCCACACAGCUGGGGCAUAGAAAUCGAGUGACCUAGGACAUCAAACUGAAUAGCGCAAGCCAUGGUUACAUACUUUCUCGGAUAAAGUUUCCCACUGGAACGUUUCCCACUGGAACUAUUGGAUGCGUUAGCUGUAAGGGAACAGACUGGAGACAGUGGAUGGCUUCUGAAGAGACACCCUUCUCAUGUUUCUGUUUUUUUAUAGAUAUAUAUAUAUCUAUAUAUAUAUAUGUGUGUGUGUAAUUUUAUUUCUUGUUCUUAUAUUUCCUGUGUUUAUGGUCACUGUUCUACCACAUCUGCUCUCCUCAUGUCUGUUUUGUGGACUCAGCUGACAACAAAAAAGACAUUUCUUAAAAGUUACUUAUAGUGUGGAAACAAAACCAAGUGAGAGGUUGUGUCUUGCACAGGCAAAUUGUGAGUAUCAUUGAAUGUGUUGUUCAGUGCUAAUUGGAACACUGCAGUGGUGUUACGAAUGGCUUGUGCAAAAAGAAGGGAAAAAAUGUUUUCAGUUUUUUUUUCUCUUUCUUUUCUUUUUUUUUUUCAGUUUUCACAGGCGUCAGCGCCUUAUGUGACAGAUGCGUAAUGAUCCUGAGUUUCAUCUCGUGAAAUUUAUCACGUGUGCAGUGUAUUGUGCUUUCCAGUUCUUGGAGAAUUGUUUUCAAUAGCUCUUCUCUCCUGUUGUACAGCAAUUCGUAUGCGUAACGUGAGGCUGUAAUGGCAAGUGAAUAAUCUCGUUUUAGUGCUUUUUAGGAAAUUCCGAAGUUGCGCAUUUUCUACGCAUGCAUGCUGUCAUGCUUUCACAUGCUGCUGGUUUGUGGCAGUCAACUAAGUGCCACGAUUCGUAUUUUGUAUGUUUGUUUUGUCAGUGUGCAUUAGGAUGAAGUCAUGAUUAAUUGCAAGUACUAAUUUUAUUAACCCCACUGAUUUUUUCUCAAUGUUGGGCCAUCUGAUGGUUUUUAUGGUUAAAUUUUGGUUAGAAGCAACCAACUCUGUAGAAUUAUAGCAAUAAUCUAUAAAUUGUGCAGUUGGUGUUAGUUUAGGGCUGAAUUUGCAUAUUUUAUGUACAUUUUCAUAAGGCGCAUUUUUCGGCAAUUUGUGUUAUACUAUACGUGACAGUAUACUGUACGUUAGAUUAUCUUUUCUUGUGCUUGUGUUGAUUUCUACAGAAACACAGCCCCUGUUUUCUCACCAUGCUUGUAAUGUCCUUCCUUGAGUGAGCAGGACCAAGCAUCUUCCAGCAUUUCUCAACUCUUGCACAAAGCACAUGUUAAUGUCACUGGUAGCAAUGCCUGUGAUAACGCUCCUGCUCCUAAAUAUAAGGUGUGGUCUAGUCAGGAAAACAAUGGUUGUAACGACUUCAAUACUUUUUUGCAUGCACUUCCCUUCUUCUCUUCAUGUCCUCGCCAGAGAUUAUCUACAUCUGCAUGCUUUGUAAGUGCACUAUAUAAAGCAUGAACAUUUUAGGUAUGAGGUAACUUAAGUGUCUUUCUUUUUCUAAGGGGUUAUAAAUGCACAUCAACAACUGCUUUAGCUACAAGCAGAAGUGCAUUCCUCUUAAGGCCAAUCUCCACGGAGCGAAUAAGCAACAAAUCUUCUAUGCCUGUCGCCCGACGUCCAAAAACUGGCUGUUCGCCGUCAGUCUACUCUCUCCAGAUGUUUGCUACCCAGCGAACGCCGACAUUGGAAUCGGUUGCGCACGCUGGAGAGCUUAGACCAAUGAGACCAUAGCAGAGCUGUUCGCUUUCGUUGGUCGCCCAGGCCGAGCUCAUCUGGUCACAAUGACUCCUCCUGGGCUGGGAUGGUGGCACGAUUGGCGGCGUUCACCCACUCUUGCUUCCUUGGAGUGUGGGGCUAUGAAUACGCUGCAGCACUUCAUGCUGAAAUGUUCGUCACGCAAAAUUUGUCAUGAAAGUUCGCGUUUCAAGUUUUUUGGCAUUUUCGCAAUAUAAUCAUGUACCAACAAGCCACUCUUAUGGCCUUUAGAUGUUCAUCGCUUUUCUUUUUCUUUUCUUUCUUUUUUUUUUUUUUUUCCUCUUUCCGUUCUGGAGAAAUUGUGGAGGAUCAGAGUCCAGACAGGUAUUAUAGAGUGUGUGUGCUUUCUUUUUCUUUUUUUCCAGAGCAGGAAGGUAUCUUAUACUAAUCUCUUUGAGCAAACUGCAAGCUGGCCUAAUAUGCGGAAUGAAGUGGAAUUAAUUGCCACACCGAGUGGUGAUGGAAAAUAAACAUCUAUGCUUCUGGUAGUUAAGGUGGCUCGGUGGCAUGUCACAUUUAUUUGUCCAUACUCUUACGUAAUUUGUUCCAACCAUUAAAAUUAUUAGUGAGAGCUAAUCGUGCUUCCAUUGAGCCUCUUGCCACAAAAGACGGGCAACCUUCAGCACGGCACCACCGUGAAGAAAGCAACGUGGCUCGAUUUCCCUCCACCAUCGCCAUUGCUGCUACUACAGUGUUCAUCACCUCGAACAAGAGAGCCUCGUUCUGCCUUGUCGGUGCACCAUAAUUGAGUGUCCUCUUGUGUCUAGCUGCCUGUGCAGUCAACUUGUUGCGAGCGAUCAGUGAUCAGCAAGAACUGCACUUCCUGGAUUUAGUAGCAGUGUGCUUGUUGUUGAAGACUGCACAUCAUGGGGUAAGACAUACAAGAUUGUCAACUCUGCCGUCUUGCAGUGCAUUUGGUAAAUUACCGAGACUAUCGGGCGGUCACUUGCAACUGCACUGGUGCGUCUUGACGACUGGUUGCUUUCGAAGCAUACAGUCGUGGAACGCCAAACUAUACAGUCGUCACACCACAAGACACUCGAGGCACUCAUAUAAGUUUUUGUGUUCGUGUAGCCUAUUAUAGACUCUCGUUCUCACAGAAGUCCCCAACCUCCUCUAUUUAAUUUUCUUGUCUUUGCUUUUUUCUCUGCUCAUCUUUCAGUCUUUCAUUUCCCUUUACCCUUCCCCCAGUGCAGAAUAGGAAAUCAGUCUUCUUGGGUAACCUUCCUGCCUUUCCCACCCUGUUUAUCUCUCUCUCUAUCUCUUUACUGAGACUAUGUCACAGAAUGUGCCUAGCUUACCACAUUUCUUCAUUCAUCUGCCCCUAUUCAUUGGACUUUUGUGGUUCACUGUCUUUACUAGCCGUGAACAUUACAUUUGCACCUCACCAUGUGGUCAUGUCAUAAAUGCGUUGACAGCAGCAGCAAGGAUAAAAGAUGCCUAAAGCAUUGCGCCAGCAGAGUAGCGCUUUUGUCAUCAUGUGAGGUGGAGUACAUUCGCAGGCAUGCUCUCACCAGGAACCUGAUUUUGCCAGGUCUAUAGCAUCGGCACGUUGUCAAGGAAGCCGACACUCUUGUGCAUUUUACUCCAACUUGUAUGCAUGGCAUUGAAUUCUUUGUUCCCACAUUUGCUUCCCAUGUUGCUUUAUCUUUCAUAGCUUGUUCCACAUUCCCAGAUGUAGAAGGCAGCAAGGAAGUUUUGUGUUUCGGCAUAUGAAAUUUUUAUGCAUUUUGGCACCAAUUUGCAUUUCUGUGAAAACAGGAAAUUGUCGUGACGGUAGUAAUUUCUUCUGCAAACUGGAUGUUUUAACAGAGGCAGUUGCGUCAUAACAUUGACACGGAGAAUUUUGACUGAGAGACAGCUGCAUUUGAGUCACUGACGUUCUUGUGUAACAACAACCUUUGGUGCCAUUUCCAAAUGGGCAGCUGGUACGUUUUGUUUGCCUUCCAUUUGUAAAUUGGUGACUGAGCGAAAGCUGCCAUGUCUGAUGACAUUCAUCUCGGAAUUUAUUUUUAAUAGCCAGCCGAUGAAAACACAUAUGGUUAUUGAGAAAUCCGUACCUGAACCUGUAAGCUUUAUUGAAUAACUAGCUGUAUACCAUUUCUUGUGUACAAGCCACCCAGCCUUGUUGCUGCUUUCUGGCCAAAUAAAUGCUCAGCUUAAAAGAACAUGAUGCUCUGUGCUGUAAUCUGAUUCUCAAUUAAUAGUUAAUAAAAAGUCUGGCAGUCAGUUUUUAAUUAAUUGUGUGUGCUUUGAAAGAAAAUGCUUGUUUAUUUGAUUGAUUUGGUGAAAAUCGCAAGGUUGAAUGUGCGAAAUGCAAAAUUUGAUGAAGCGUCAACAGACCAUCUAGCCAUAGAUUCUCGCCUGCAGACACCAAUGGACCCAGAGGGCACCCCCCCCCCCCCCCCCCUCUUACCUCAGAGACAUGCUAAUGCGUUGACAAUGCUGCACAUGCAAUUUUUAUUUGUGACCUCCUUUUCGUGUAUCCAUAGUUUUCACCAGGAAACCUGGUGUUCAUCGCCACAACUCAAACGGGAACUAAAAGAUAAUUUCUGUGUCAGCAUGACUCAAACCACUGUCCUUGCGGCUUGCCCUUCUGCACAGAAAAUUUCCUGAAAUUUUCACUGUGAAGAAAGAAAAUGCAAAAGAACUAUUUUCUGGAAACAUUAAAAACAUCUGAGAAGUACCGUAGAACAUUAUUAGAUAGCUUAACAAAACCUAAAUACAAUGGUCCUUGCUUUAUGAAACGGCGCGAAUAACUAGUCGCACGACACAGCGACUGUGUUGUGUGCCUAUUUUCUGUGUCCCGUUAUUCGCGCUGUUUGCUAAAGAAUGUGUUCGUACCAACAAACCCGACUAGCCACUAUUCUGAAUGGUCCUUAGAAAGAGAUGUUUCCAUUGUUUAUGGCAAAACUUCCAAAAUUUUGAUCUAACCAUGAAAGCUAUGUUUGGAACAGAGGCUUGAAGGCUGCGUUGAGGCUUGCUGUACCAAGUUUCUUGGAGCAGUUUGUGCAAAUGCAGUGCAAGUUACUAUGUCGUCAGUUUCAAACGUGGGUUUACUAUGGGGAUGACCAAAUUGAAUGUCUGGGCGUGCUUAUUUGUGUUGAAUGACAGCAUUCUGCUUGCAGUUGCACAUUGAAAGUGUCCGUAUGAGAUGCAAGUCUGUAGUAAAUAAAUAACUUCUGCACAAUCGUA